AUGAAGAAAACCAUGCAUAUUAUUCUUAAGAUUUUUACUGUAUGCGCACUGUGCUUAUAUAAUGUUCUCGUGGCUACUCAGCAGCCCAAGCAAUACGAUUUUGAUUUGAGUAAUGAAUCAUACAUUUUCAAUGGAUGCCAUAGUUAUCCAACAGCAAACUCUAUAGAUGCACCACACUGCACCAAAGAAAUGCUAAAAAAAUCUACCCUGCCGGAGAGCACGUUGAUAGUGGUAAGAAGCGAUGAAAACCCUGUGAGAAGCACUAAUUCUACUCUUAAAGAUUCUAUGGAUUUAAGUACUUCUGAGGAAAUAUCCAUAUUUAUAAAUCCUUCUACCAGUAAUGAAAAAACUUCAGUGCAAGCUGAAGAAAAUAAUAUAGCUCGAAGAAGUUCUAGGAAUAGAGUAAAAACACCUAAAUAUGAUGAAUAUGAAUACGAUGAUGAGGAAGUAAAUAGAGUUCUUAAAAGACUAAAAUAUACAUCAGACCGAUCUCGAGAAAUCACUCCUGAUUCAGAUGGAAGCACUGCACACAUGCCUUUUUUGCCACAGAUAAUAGAUUAUGGAUCUACCUAUAGUAGUAGUGUAAAAGAACAGUCUACCAGCAGCCAAAAUAUUCAGAACAAUUCAACUUUUGUUAAAAAAAUGAAUGAAUGUGCUAAAAUAACCAGAAACAAUGUAUACCGCACAGAGAUUAUUUCUAUAAAAAGUGCUACAUUAGAGACAAAUAUAGCACAAAACAAUGAAGAUGUAAGUGUAAACACAUCCCCGCUAGAUAUAAUUCGAAGAGACAUUGCUAAAGCCUAUUUAAAAAGCAAUAGUAUAUGGAGUGUUAUAUCCAGCUUUAAUUGGAGUAAUGUAUACACUGUUAUAGAUGAAUUUUACAAUGCAAUAGUCAACAGCAAUGAAAUACCAGAGAAUUGUAAAAAUAAUUUUAAAAAGCUCUACUAUGUAGAAUUCUUUGUAGAACUAAGGAAGUACCUAGAGAAAAAUGAGCCAGCAACUUAUGAAUCGCUUUGCCAAGACAAAAAUAUAGAUGAACGCACUAAGAAAACACUUGGUGAUGUCUGUAUUUCAAAAGACUUUUCUACAGACAUUUACUUGAAUUGCUUAAGUAUAUUAAACACAAAUACUCCAGAAUAUGUUGAGAAUAGAAUGCUUAAGUGGGAAGACGAAGAACUAACUGAAGCGCUACACAUAAUUAUAGGAAUACCAGAAGUAUAUGAAGAUUUAACUCGACUCUCUCCCAAAGACAUAGAUGAUCUUCAAGAAAAAUAUGACUCUGGCAACAAAAAUGUGAAAGAUACACUUUUCUGCAUUAUAAAAUACUUAAUAGGAAAAGUGGCAAAUAAUCGAUCGCUUAUGAGCAAACAAUUUGACUAUAUAAAGAAUCAUGUUAUCAAAGGCAAUACAGAGUACACCGGCACCAUAAAUAUAUUCAAUAUGGUGUAUAGUAAAUUGAAAAUCUUCUAUGAAAUAGCCUCAUCUAUUUAUACGGAAUCUUUGACGAAGAGGAAAAAUUCGCAUAACAAAUCCAAUGCAACAAAAGAUAGUUUAAAAGCAAGCAAGUAUAUGCUGAAGGGCAAAAGUAUCUUUGAUCUCCAGAAAUACAAGAGGUGCAAUGCCAAUAUUUACAAGUGCCCUUUACAGAAAACUAUUCCAUAUAAGUCUUUGCCUUUUAAUUUAAAGCAACGCUCAGCAGAAUAUACUGAUAAUAUAGCCAACCAAAUGGGGUUUGAAGUGCAGUAUGCCAAUCACUACCAUGUGCAGUUUGUGGAUAACACUCGGCAUACGGUAAAGAUGAUUCAUCUUCCUUACUAUGUUGAAAAAGAUGAAUUUGGAACGUUAAAUAAUUACUGCUUCCAUACAGUAGCAGAUAUAAUAGAUCAUAUUAAAAACAUCUACUCCAUUGAAACUUCAGAAGAUAACCCAAGCAAAAACAAUGUGCAUGCAUUUAAAUACCAUAGAGAAACUAAGGCUUGGGCAUUGGCAAAAAAAUCUCCCUUUAGUAAUAAAGAUGACAUGUCGAAAACAGUUAAUGAUCUGUUCUGGCUUGGCUAUGACGUAGUAUUCUAUCAUAUUGAAGAGGAUAUUAGUGCCACAAAGCUGUUUUGCAUAGAAAUUGACACAAUGGCAUCUGCAGAAAAUAGUAGCAAGUCACGAAUCCCAAUUUUCUUCACAAAGUUUAUGCUGACUGCUAUAGAAAUAACACCGUAUUUAAAAAGAUCCAAAAAAGAUAUAUGUAGGCCACUAGACAAAAACAAGGCUAUAAAUGCAAUCCGUUAUGAGUAUAUGGAUAAAUUAGAUCAAGAAUCUAAAUACCCCUCACGAGAGAACUAUUAUAGUGACUUCUAUCUGCAUUCAGCAUUUGAUUGUUAUAAAGAUCCUUAUUGCUACAAUAUGAAUGUGAGGCAAGAAAACAAUAAUUCUGAUAUGUGUGAUAUUAGCUGGAAUGUAUUUUCAGACCAUGCGUAUAAUCAAUACAUGACAAUGAACUUUACAUCAGCACCAAACAAUGACUACCAGCCAAAUAAGGAGUCUCAAGAAAAAGCAAUAGAGGAUCUAUUAGAGCUGCUCCAGUCUUCUAAGUCAGCUAAUGAUGCAAUGCAUUGUGGAAUAAGUGUUUUUGGAAGUUUCCAGGUCAGAAAGCAUUUAUUCUCUGCAGUUAUGUCUAAUAACCUGCGCAAUAUUUUCAUGACUGAAAAGUCAGACGGCAUGAAAAAAAAUGCAUCACUUAAUUACUAUAUUGAGCAUAGGUCUAAGAUAGCAAAAAUCUCAGAAUACAGUAAUCCAUUCUGCCUAUUAAUGUUUAAAACCGUCAAACCUGCAAUGUCCCAGCUGGGGCUGCAUUAUGAAAUUAUGAAAAAACCUUUCUCAGCAUAUUGCAAGUCCCAAAUCUAG